GACACUGACUCAAGCUUGCACACACAUGCUCAUGCAGAGUAAACAGUGUGUGCGCGCGUGUUUGUACUUUGGAUUGGAGCUGAUAGAAGAUGGCGUAUGUGCGGUUGUUUCUGUUGCUGCUGCUAAUGUUCGAACUUCAGGACGCUGACGUCGAGGGAAACGCGGGUGGCGUGACGGUCCCGCGGCGGGCGGCUUCCCAAGUUUUGAGCCGCCAACGCCGCUACAACAGCCCCUUCGAGGAAAUGCGGCCAGGAAAUAUGGAGCGAGAGUGCCGAGAGGAAACGUGUAACUUUGAGGAAGCCCGUGAGAUCUUUGAGGAUGACACCAAAACUAUGGCAUUCUGGGCAGGAUACAUUGAUGGAGACCAAUGCAAGCCCCCACCCUGUCAAAAUGGCGGCGCCUGUGAAGACGGCGUCAAUUCUUACACAUGCUGGUGUAACGCAAACUUCACAGGAAAGAACUGCGAGAUCGAGGUCAACAAACAGUGUUCGCUCAUCAACGGCGGCUGUUCUCACUUCUGCACCAUGAAGUCAAACUUGGUGAAUUGUCGCUGCCCGCUCGGAUACCAGCUCGGGGCCGACCGCAGAACUUGCGAGGCCACAGGAUAUAUGAGCUGCGGCCAGACGGGGGUCGGCUCUGUUCAUACGCCGCGUUCGUCCAACCAGACCGGCGAUGGUGAACCUGACGAUGUCAUCCCGGAUGAGUGGAUGGACUACGAGGAGGAGGACGAAAGGGUGGGCAACGCCACCGAGGCCUCACCAACACCACGUGUCAGGAGGCGAUCAGUGAAUGACUUCAUAGAUUUCUUCCCUACGAUUCCGACCAUCACGGCGAUGGAGAACAGCGAUCAGAGGAUUGUGGGAGGCUACGAGGCCAAAGCGGGCGACUUGCCCUGGCAGGCGGCGCUCCUCUCUCGUUCUAAUGGGGUGGUGGACAAGUUGCCCUUCUGCGGCGGGUCGUUGCUUAACGACCUCUGGGUCAUCACGGCGGCACACUGCAUCGUACAGCUCAGAAUGGCCGGGCAUGACUUCUUUGUGCGUCUCGGUGAGCACGACGUGGACGCACACGAGGGUACGGAGAGCAACCACGAGGUGGCCGAGGUGCUGGUCCACAAGUCGUACAAGUACCAGAAGUCGAAGUUCAACCACGACGUGGCGCUUAUCAGGCUAGCCGUCCCGGUGGUGAUGUCGGCACGGCGCCGUCCUAUCUGCCUGGGGCCCAAAGGUUUCUCCGAAAACCUGCUGAAGGAGGCCACUACAUCGGUGGUGAGUGGCUGGGGUCGCCUGCGGGAUGGGGGGAUCCAGUCCACCAAGCUGCGCAAGCUGGAGGUCCCGCUGGUGGAUCGCAGCACCUGCAAGGCCAGCAGCGAGCAGCGUAUCACUUCCUUCAUGUUCUGCGCCGGUUUCCGAGACCGCAAGGAAGACGCGUGCCAGGGGGAUAGCGGGGGGCCACACAUCUCUCUCCACCAGGGCACCUGGUUCCUCACGGGCAUCAUCAGCUGGGGCGAAGGAUGCGCCCAGGCCGGAAAAUACGGCGUUUACACGCGUCUCUCGCGAUACUACGCUUGGAUCAGCAACACUACCGGCAUCCACAUGUACUCGUAAAAACCACUCCCUGUCCAUCAUCCCCUAUUGAACAGUCACUUGCUGUUCAUCUUUUUCUUUGCGUCUCCACUUUCUGCCACUUCUUCUCAUAAGCGGAUUUUAUGGGGGUAGCAGGGGGGCCAGCCCCCCCCCCCCCCCCCGGUGUCCGAAAAGUAUCAUUGCAUGUAAUUGACUUUCCUAUAUAGUAUAUAAAAGUUGAAAAGCAAUAAAACUGCAACAAAAAUGAAUGAAAUGAACAAAAAAAAAAUAAUAAUAAUUAUAAUGGGUAAAAAAAUUUCGAGCACCUUAGAUGGUCAUUUGCUUUGAAUAUAAUUUUCAACAACAACAACAAAAAAUUAUGAUUUUUUUCUUUGGUCAAAAAAUAUUUUUUUCGAUUGAAGCAAUUUUUGGGGGGAUUGAAUGAUUUACACACAAAUGUCCUAAUCAUGAUAUGGCCCAAACACAAAAAGGAUUGCUUCAAUCAAAGAAAACCUUUUCAAUUAAAAAUUAAGUGUUCAAAUGCAAAUUUUUCAAUCUCAAAUAUUUUUUCACAUUCAAAAACUUUUUCUAUGAUUGAAAAUGUUCCUUUUUUGAUUGAUUUUUUGUUGUUGUUGUUGUUGAAAAUUAUUUAAAAAAACGUAUUUUUUGAUUGACUAAUAAAGACAAAAAUGUCCUGCCAAAAUGUGGGCCAAAAACGAAUCAACAUUACUUCAAUCAAAAAAGUUGCUUCAAUUAAAAAAAAAAAAAAAUAAAUAAAUAAAUAAAAGAGAAAUUGCACACAUGCAUUUUUUUUUAGAGUUUCAAUUUUAUUUCUGCAUUCAAACACUUUUUUUUUUUUUUUUUGAAGCGACAUUUUUUUGGUUGAAAAUACAUAUAUUUCGAUUGAAGCACCUUUUUUUUUGUUUGUUGAAGCAACUUUUUUUUGAUUGAAUAAUAAAGACACAAAUCUACCUCCAUAUGUGUCCCCUGCCAUGGGCGGAGGCCCAUGGCAGGGGACACAAUUUUUUUCUGGGGUAACUACAUUGGCACGACACCUGCGGGCAUACCAUAUUCAAUGGAUGACGAUCUUGCCGAAAAUUAUUGCCUAAGCAGCCUGAUUUAGAACUCCCCUCAAGAGUGAUGGAAAAAAUUGCUCAUUGUCAACUUACUUUUAUAAAUACUGACACCCCGUUUCAAGGUC